CUUUAAAGUUUGCUCUUCUUCUUGACCGUCUCACCUUUUCUUAUUAUCGGACACAAUUUGGCUUGCAAUUGAGUGCGUGCGGUUGCCUCCAAUUUGCUUGGCCUAACUAUCUGGAUUACCGGUGCCCACUUUCUUCGAUUUCUUCCAUUGAACUUGUAGGUAGUAAAAGCUGGAUUUUGACAUACAAUAAACGAAAUUAAAGUUUUGUAAACUAAAUUUCAAGGAAAAAAUAAAAAAAGAAACAAAAAAAAACGAAAAAAAAAUAAAUAAAUAACAACCUCUGCUGCAACUUACAAAAGGAAGGAUGGAGGCGCGUGGAGGCUUAGAGCCAGAAUCCGGCGGGACCGGCAAGAACAGGGCCGGAGAAAAUGAACCAGAUCUGCCGCAGAGGAAGAAGAAGAAAUGGGGGAAAGGAGGAGGGACGUGGGGGUUAAAGACGAGUAUAUUCGACAGCAUUGCUGUCGAAUAUACAGGGAAACGACGUCGUUUCCCAUACAUUCGACAGCAAUGCUGUCGAAUAUAUAAGGAACAUAAUCGACAGCCAACAGGCUGUCGAUUAUAUAUAUUCGACAGCCUAAAAGCUGUCGAAUAAAAUGACAUCUUCGACAAGAAAGGUGUCGAAUAAGUUUUAUGUCGAAUAUGUGGCAAAAAAUCGAUUAUCAUCGACAAUCAAUCUUAUUCGACACCGUUCCUGUCGAAUAUGUCAUUUUAUUCGACAGCUUCUUGGCUGUCGAAUAUGUAUUUGUCGUUUUUGCCCAGUUUUCCAGUAGUGUUGAGCCUUUUUUUUUUCUUGGUUAUGCUUUGGUUUAAAAUCUAUAAAACCAUAUUCAACAA